GGCAGGUCCUUUGGGUGACAGUUGCGAGUCUGGUACCAACGCUUCCCUCGACAAGUAGUGCAACGGAUGCCGCCCUUGUUCCAGAUAUCCGUCGCAUCUCCUCUGCUGGUGACCUUUCAAAGUAAGCCUCCGACCGUGAGAUGCGCCCGAAAUGUCCCAGAGAGACCGCCUCUUUCAGUCCUUGAACCUGGCUCGUCAGCAGGUCCUUGACGGCGUGGAAGAGUUCCGCGAUGGUGUCACACAGCGAUUCGAUGGCCCACUGGGGUCACGACUGCAACCUCAAUCGCGAGCGAGUGGCCCUCCGUCGUCAACAGCACAUGGGCAAGGAGCAUCGGACUUGCAAAGGAAUAACACGCUCCCGCUGUACUCGAGUCGCAACACUGGGCCCCCCGUACCAGCGCAAGCGUUGCAUGCUCCUCCUGGCCAGAGUCAACGUGAAGUCGAUGUAAUGAGGGCUUCGUCUAGGCGGGCAGGGGGCCGGUCUGAGACGGGUGCAGCUGGCGUGGAUGGGCUCAAAACGGUGCACACGUACAGUGGGGCGGGGGGAAGGGCCAUACUAGAAUUGCACACAGCUCCUCAGCAGACACCAACGUACAUGGGAGGCUCAGUGGAAAGAGGCAGAGGCGCCAUGGUCGGCCGACUUUGCUUCACUCCCAAACCGCAGGAAAAGAUAUCGCACAUCACGCUAAAGCUCAAAGCUGUCGUCCGCGUGCGUGUGCCGGUAGUCAAUCCGAACGCACCCGGUCCGGCUCAGAUCGCCGCGCGUAGCCCAGUUGUUGAGCAGACGAUGGAGAGGGAGGUGCUGCUGCUUCAGCUGGAACAGAGUUUGUACCAGGCUCGACCUGACAACAAGGAAAAGUAUUUCGAAAUGCCUGCCUCGGCCGCUCACGACUCGACGGUCACCUGGCCCUUUCAAUUCGACAUACCAGUGGAGGACAGAGGCGGAAGGGCUUUCCCAGUGUCGUACGUGCUCAUGGGCGAUGAAGCGGCCCGGCCUCAGCCGAAAGGAUACGAGCCGAGAGGCGCAUCACUCAUCUCAGUCGGUCGAGGGCUUCUGUCGUCGCUCAAGAACGUCGGCCAGUCGGCUGCAGACGCGAACGAGUGGGCAUCCGUCAAGUGGUAUCUCAAGGCGACCAUCGGUCGGCCCGGGAUGCUGGAGACAAACGAUCGCAUCUUUGCACCGUUUACCUAUCUUCCACCGCCGCCCCGCAACAUGUUCGAGCUGCUCGAUCGAAGAGCACGGACGCCUGCGCAAUUGCGGGAGAACACGCCGUUUGAGCAGUUGAUGGAGAGCUCAAGGACGUGGCAGGCGAUCGACAUUGGCACAGAUGGCGCUGAGAAAGCCAGGCCGGGGCUGCUGGGGUCGCUUUUCGGGGUGUCGGGUAGAGCAAAGCAAAUGAGCGAUUGGACGCUGGAAAUGCCCAGCAGCCCGGCGGUCUUUACGUUGCAGGGAUCGAUACCAUUCUACAUCUGCUCCAAGGCGCCACGGGAGCUAGGUGCACCCCUUAUCAUCUCUCUGUUCAAAAGGAUUACGCUGGUAUCAAGGUCGACGCAGGGCUCUGACGUUCGCAAAGUCUGUGGAGCGCGCAUCGCCACGUCGCCAACAGUAUUAAAGUCCCAGCGGUCGGGCGUCGUGACGUAUCGAUGGAAAGGCGUGCUGGAUAUCCCACCGACGUGUGGCCCGUGCUUUGACAGCCAGAUCCUAUCGUUGGAGUACUUCAUCGGUAUUCAAGAGCGGCUAGACACGCCGUGCAUCUACGCAAAGCCGAUCGUACUCAUGUGCGCACCGCCACGUCUCAUUUGCACCAGCGCGCCUUCUCCAGCUACGGGAACACUGGCACAGCUGGCUGUCAGUUCUGGCUCAGGCUUGGGUACUGGCAGCGAAAAGGCUCGGCCGACAGCUGCUCCUCAGGCUCCGCCGCAUUGGCCUGAUGCAGCCACCGCUUCUUCCUCUGCGGCACCAACUCCACCGCCGCCGCCGCAUUCGGCUCCAGAUUCCGAAACUAACACCGCAUCGUCCGCAACAUCGCAGGCACCCUUGCCACUCUCGGACGAAGCUGGUCUCUUCGACGAGCUCAACGUCGAGGGUAUGCAAGUCGACUUACCUCCAUCAUACUUUGAGGCUACGGGCUUCCGAGACGCAGACUGAUCUGUUUGUGAAUGGUGGCAGAGCAAAGGCCACAAAGUCGGCUCGACGCGGGCGGUUCCUGGCUCGACACUUCGACGUUCAACGCAACGCUGUGGCGCAUGUCUUCUCGACAUUGCCGCCCACCCUGUACCUUCUACCUUACACUGGCUCUGCUCAAGGCCCACGUCAUGUACUUUAUGAUUCCGUGUAGCAUGGACAUUGGUCU